AUGAACCUCUCAAUGAUCACCCUCCAGGUCUUCACCGAGUCGGACGCGGACGCGGACGCCAUGAUGACCUGGGCCUCAGACCCAAGAGUGGUCCGGUUCCAGCGUCGCUACCCAUUCGCAACCACCCAUGAAGCCAUGUCCUACAUCCAAACCCACAUCAUACCCCACCAUUUCUAUCGAGCCAUCUGCUUCAACGACCACGUCGUCGGCUCUAUCUCGGUCAAGCCCGGCACCGGUGACGGCGAGCAGCACAAAGCCUCGGUGGGGUACCGGCUGGCGUAUGAGCACUGGGGCAAGGGAAUUGCCACUAUGGCGUUGAAGAUGGUGGUUGAGAUUGUGUUGAAGGAGUGGGAGUGGUUGGGGAGGCUUGAGGGAAUGGAGGAUUUUGAGAAUAAAGGGUCUCAGAGAGUGUUGGAGAAGGCUGGGUUUCAGAAAGAAGGGGUUCUUCACAAGUUUGUGUUCUUGAAAGGAGAAGCUAGAGAUAUGGUCAUGUAUUCUAUUAUCAGAUCAUCUUCAUCAUCUUCUUCGAUUGUUAGAAGAGAUCCUGUGUUCAUCCACCUUGUAUUAUCAGUGGUAUCAGAGAAACUGGUGACAAUGUCUGCUAGUUCCUCAAGUUCUUCUCAACAGAAUGUUCUACUCUUCAAGGGAGAGAACUAUAAUCUAUGGAGUUUGAAGAUCAAGGCUGUCUUCAGAUCCAAAUAUCUAUGGAGUAUUGUUGAGAAGGGGAUAGCCGAAGAACCUGACAACAAUCGUCUUACAGAAAUCAUGAAGAAAUAUGCAAAAGCUAUAUGUUUGAUUCAACAAAACUUGGACGAUCGUGUUCUUCUGCGAAUCACUGAAGCAAAAACAACGAAGCAGGCGUGGGACAUGCUGAAGACUCAUUAUCAAGGAGACACCAACAACAUUAGUGUAAGACUUCACUCGUUGCACAGAAAACUAGAUGCGACAAAGAUGAAGCAUGGAGAGAAGAUUGAAGAUUAUAUCACUAGAGUUCUUGAUGUUGUCUACCAGACAAGAUGCUUGGAGAAGAGGUCCCGGACAAGACGGUUGUAA